AUGCAUUUCUCGUCUGUCCUGGUCCCCGGCCUCGCAGCCCUAGCUACAGCUCAGACCACCACCGUGGUCAAUAUUUUUGAAGGAAAAAUCCAAAAUCCUUACUACGGAGACGGCCUUAGUGUCAGCGUUUCCACCGCCACCAAUCUUGCUGGCAGUGUCGUGGGCAUUAACGCGGAGGCCACCACCUACCAUGUCGAGUGCAUGAGCGGCGCAGCCAACUUGGCGUGCAGCAUUGACCCCUAUACCCUUAUCGCCGGGCCAACCACGGUCGACAUCCAGCGAACUUUGCCCUUUGAGCUCGAUGGUGUUACGGUUAGCCUGACCGACGGUCUCGCAUGCUCGUUCACCAGAAAGACUGAAUCGGCCCAGUGCACUAUAAAGGCCACUGCCAGCUACGAUGGCUCAUCUUCAGCAACCACCAUCACCAGCUCCAUCGCUACUGACCAGGUCACCCACUUCCCGCUCACUGUUACUGGUGGCCUCUCCUUGUUCAACUCUCCUCAGGCGACUGAGACUCCCGAUGCCGCUGCUGGCCCCCACCAUCCACUGAUCACCGCUGCUCCGCUAGGCGCUGCUGCUGCCCUCGCUGCUGCCGCUCUGUUCUAA